AUGGAGCUUGAGAUCGUCCUCAAUGGUCUACUGCUUGUGCUCAGCACUCUGUUGAGUAUCCUGAAGCAGCUCUUUUCAUACGGGCUUUUGCUUCUCUACCUCCUGGCCUCUCCAGUGCUCUAUCUCGGCCGGAACCUCCUCUCCCUGGCAUUACUCCCGCUCCGAAUACUGAUCAAAUUUGAGGCUUUCCUGACAUUUGUCACGGGAGCAGUGCUCACAGGGGUCACAGUCGGCCUGUUUUUAUACAUCACUGGCGAUACUUUGUCACAGUUCCUCCGAUUGCAACAGGAGAGCCAACUAAUAUCUCCAGACGGCUCGAUAGAUCUAAAGGACCCAUCAUUGGAAUGGGAGGCUAAAUUGGAGAGCCCAUUUCUUCCAUCUACAAUAUUGGAAGAAGAAGAGAGCAGCCAGUAG